AUGGCUUUGUCCGUCUCCAGCCUGCUCUCCAGCGAAGUGUAUGAGCACCGGACCUGCGGCAUGCAGCGGGAGCUGCUGGCAGAGGUAAGAGUGGCCAUGAAAGCGCUGCCGGACACAGAGAAGGCGCAGGAGCUCUGCCAGAAGGUCUUGGGGAUGCUCCCUGGAUCCAAUGCCGCUGUUCUGCUUUCACCGGCCAUGGGUAAGCCCUUUGCAGAGGCAUCACGAGGGAGCGAUCCGACGUUAAUCGUGACUGGGCAUUCUGUCCACAUGUUCUGCGGUCUUAUGGAGGGCUUGAGCAUGAGUCUGACAUGA